GUGCCACCGCUCACAACGCGACUAACCUCUUAUCGGUGAGAAAGUGGCGGCGAAAGCGCAACAAGUGUGUUCUUCUUCGUUUUUGGGGUUAUAAUUUUCCACCCAGGAUCGAACGGGGAUCAGUUUUCCUCCGGUGUUGGUCUCGUCUUGGUUGGUUGGUUCUGCUCUCCCGCUCGAGUGGGGUUUGUGGUCAGCGAGUGAAGAAAUUCGCGAAGCAGCUAGUGCUCUACAGUGUGGUUGGCUAAUUGAAUCGGUUUCCUGAGUAGUGCGUCCGUUGGUUGGUUGCCAGAAAGUGUCCUGCGGAAAGAACACCGAGAGUGCCAGUUUGGAGGAAUUAUUUGCCGGUUCAUCUCGUCGCAGCCAGAUCAGCCAGCUACCCGUGCAUCAUCACAGCCGCAAAGUGAAAACAUUGCUGCUGCUACUGCUGCUACCAAGACCCAUCACUCACCUUUAGAAAACGGUUCAACGCACGCCUGAAAGCAUCUGUCACAGUUUGUGAUCUUUGGCCAAACCACACACCCACAUCCCCGGAAAGAUGCUGUCCACCGCCACCAGUAUGAGCUCCCGGCAGAUUCUGCUCGUUCUGACCCUGUUGCUGUGUGUAGUCAAAUUGACCACCGGACGACCACAAAACGCAAUCGACAACCAGGAUGCCCCCGAGAUAAAUCUGAACGAGCUGCGAAAACUGUACUCCAACUACAACCCGUACGUGUCGAACUCACUGGACGACUAUGGACUGGAUCGGUUACAGCUGCAGCUGCUGGCACAGUACGCCCAGAGCAAUGCCAUCGGCGGAGCUGGCGGUUGGGACCAGCUGUACCGCGCCCCGGAGAUGAAACGCCAGAUCCGGUACCGUCAGUGUUACUUCAACCCCAUUUCUUGCUUCAAGAAGUAAGAAACCUAUCGUCCCAAAGCAUCCAUCCACGAAAUCAUCCACCCCCACCAAAAGCUUUCGUUUCGGGAAUGCUCCUACGUUUUCUCAUCAUCCGUUUGUAAGAACUGUUCAUGACACUCUACCUACCUAGAUAAGCCCCCUGCAGGCACUUGCUGGGAAGGACGUGCGGAGAGCAGGCCCCCACAUAGAUAAGCACCAAGAGUAGCAAAAAUAAUAAAAAAGAGGAAGACCACCUUCAAACUACUACUGAGUCGACCUAUAGGUACAUAAGUUGAUGAUAUGCGACCAACAACAACACCUUCAAUAUGAUCUUCUCCAGCAUGCCCGACGGAUGAAGUAGAGCAAUCCGAGGAGUGGAGCGUCAUCGUUUUAUUUUAGGUUCUGUAUAAAACAAAGCAUGAACAACAUGACUAAUCACUACUUAGCAAGGCAACACAAUGCAUCGUAUAAUCCAAAAAAAAAAAUGCUAGAGACAGAGAGUGCUACCCGGAAACUGAAUUGCCGUUUCUCUUUGACGAAGCCAAAUCUCACACAAAAUCAGAGUGGACUCCUUACGUCGUCGUUCGGGAUUGUUUGUAAAUUACUGGACAUAUUACUGUGCGAUGAUACAAUUAAACGUAAAGCUGUCAUAUAAAUUGGAAAACAUUUUUCAAUCGCUAACUGUCACUGUUAAGCUAGAAUGUUGUAGAAUUCUAAGCGAGAGGAAGUAAAAUCAGAUAAAUAAACUAUUUUUGUUAGCAAUUAAAGUACUGAAUCCGAAA